AUGGCAGCCGCAGUUCCCCACUUGAUGACUCUUGCGGACCUUUCCGCUCCUCAAAUUCAUCGUAUUCUUGUUCAUUCGCAUUACCUGAAGCAAAUCUCACUUCCGUGGCUGCAGCCUGGCAAACUGUGGAAACAAAAGCCCUCGCAGUCACUGGACAAAAAGACUGUCGCUCUGCUGUUCUCAAAGCGAAGCACUCGGACACGCGUCAGUGCCGAAACAGCCGCGACACUCCUCGGGGGACAAGCUCUGUUUUUAGGCAAGGAAGACAUCCAGCUGGGCGUCAACGAGAGCCCAAGGGAUACUGCAAGGGUUAUUGGGGGAAUGUGCCAGGGUAUCUUCGCGAGGGUCGGUGAUCACAGCGAGAUUGAGGAACUAGCCAAGUACUCGCCUGUGCCCGUUUUGAACGCGCUGUCCUCCUUGUGGCACCCAACCCAGAUACUGGCAGACCUACUGACACUGCACGAGCACGCGCAUCUUUUUAGCCCAAACAAUGUCACGGAAUACAAGUCCAUCGACGACAAGCGGUGGACCGCGCUCCCAGAGCUCCGCCCUCUCACAGUCGCGUACGUAGGCGACUCGGCAAAUGUGUUGCACGACAUGCUAGUGACCUAUCCGCGAUUCGGGCAUUCGCUACGCAUCGCGAGCCCUGAGAAUGAACGGUACCGUGCGCCGAAGGCUGUUUGGGACCGUGUAGUGGAGCUGGAGUGUGACAAGAAGAUUUGGUGGGGGGCUGACCCCAAGGAAGCGGUUCAUGGCGCUGAUGUCGUUGUCACGGAUACGUUUAUAUCAAUGGGCCAGGAGGCGGAGAAGGAGGAAAGGCUGAGGGAUUUCCAAGGAUAUCAAGUCACGGAACAACUCUGCAAGGACGGCGGUGCUAACCCCGACUGGAAGUUCCUGCACUGCCUGCCGCGGAAGCCUCACGAGGUUGACGACGAGGUCUUCUAUGGCCCGAGGUCGCUGGUAUUCCCUGAAGCUGACAACCGAAAAUGGACCAUCAUGUCCCUCUUUGAUCUCCUGUUCGGAAAGUGGAAUCUUCACUCAGACAAAAUAACUCCUGCAUACGCUCUUGAUCGUCCCUUGAUGAUCAAGCGCACAAACCAAAAGUAA